CCCUCCUAACCUGCACGGAGUAUCCAAGCCAUGGCUCGCACGAAGCAGACGGCGCGCAAGUCGACGGGCGGCAAGGCCCCGCGCAAGCAGCUGGCCACCAAGGCGGCCCGCAAGAGCGCGCCGGCCACCGGCGGCGUCAAGAAGCCGCACCGCUACCGGCCCGGCACGGUGGCCCUGCGCGAGAUCCGGCGCUACCAGAAGUCCACGGAGCUGCUGAUCCGCAAGCUGCCGUUCCAGCGCCUGGUGCGCGAGAUCGCGCAGGACUUCAAGACCGACCUGCGCUUCCAGAGCUCGGCCGUCAUGGCGCUGCAGGAGGCGUGCGAGGCCUACCUGGUGGGGCUCUUCGAGGACACCAACCUCUGCGCCAUCCACGCCAAGCGCGUCACCAUCAUGCCCAAGGACAUCCAGCUGGCGCGCCGCAUCCGCGGGGAGAGGGCCUGAGCCGUGAGCUCGCCCACUCCUUUUCAAAGGCUCUUUUCAGAGCCGCCACAUGCACGAUGAAAAGGCCUGUUUCCCUGUGAUCCGUGGUGCAGCAAUUUCCUCUGACAAGUCCCAGACCAAUGGAAACGCAACUCCGUAGAGUGACCAUCUUGAUUGGGUCAAACUGUGACGUGAUGUCACCCAAGGUAAUCUCCAAUCACCAGCGACCCUCCCCGUCUCC